CCACCCCAACUUCUAGAAUGCUCCGCACUCCACAAACUGCAACAGCAUCAUACUGAGUCUUGACGUUGUCAUAAUCAACCAUCUGAAAGGGCGCAUUCUACAUGCCCCAGCCGCACGUAGCAACUAAUUAACUACAUAUACAGAACCUGACCUCACCCCGACCUCUACACACCCUCCACACCAACACCAUCAUCUUUGACUCUCAACAUCAACAUGGCGGAUCCCGCAACAUCCCUCCCUCUUACACGAUCCUCCGUAGAAGCCGCCCACGCCCUCAUCAAACCACACAUCCACCUCACGCCCGUCCUCACCAACAGCACCCUCGACGCCCUCGCCUCAACACCCACCGCACCAGGCGCAGCAGCCCCCAAGUUGCGCCUCUUCUUUAAAUGCGAAAACCUCCAGCGCAUCGGCGCCUUCAAAGCCCGCGGGGCCUUCCACGCAGUUAAACGCCUCCUCGCUGAGCCCGGGUUCCUCGAGAACGGCGGCGCCGAAAAGGGCGUCAUCACACACUCCUCCGGCAACCACGCACAGGCACUCGCCCUCGCUGCCAAGGAGCACAACAUCAAAGCCCGCAUAGUGAUGCCGUCCAUCUCGGUGCCUCAAAAGAUUGCCGCGACGCAAGGCUAUGGCGCAGAGGUCAUCUUUAGCGGGAGUACCUCCGUGGAGCGGGAGGCUGUAACUGCCAAAGUCAUUGCUGAGACGGGCGCGCGGCUUGUCCCGCCCUAUGACCAUCCAGACAUUAUGCUCGGGCAGGGAACCAUGGGUCUUGAGCUACAGGAGCAGGUGCGCGAGCUACAAGCUGCUGCGAAGCCGGGUACUGCACUAAAGGGCCUCAAUGCCAUCAUCACACCGUGCGGCGGUGGCGGCAUGCUCUCAGGCGUAGCACUGAGCUGCGAGGGCACAGGAAUCAAGGUAUUUGGCUCGGAGCCGUCAUUUGAAGGCGCAGACGAUGCGAAGCGCGGGUACGAGAGCGGACAGCGUGUGGAGAGCGUCAAGACGCUGACGAUUGCGGAUGGGCUGCGCACGCCGCUGGGCAAGGCGCCGUGGAGCGUCAUCUUUGAGAGGAAGUUGGUGAGUGGUAUGUAUAGCGUGACGGAGGAGCAGAUUGUGGCGGCGAUGAGGCUUGUGUUUGAGCGUAUGAAGCUGGUGGUUGAGCCGAGUGCGUGCGUGCCGCUGGCGGUGGUGCUGUUUGACGAGGAUUUUAGACGGAUGGUGGAGCGGGAGGCGGGCGAGGAGGGAUGGGAUUUGGGUAUUGUGUUUAGUGGAGGUAAUGUAGGUGCUGAUGCGUUGGGGAGGCAUUUUGGGGUAGUGAAGGAGUGAGGAAAGAGGAAUAAGACUGAAUGUCAAGGGUAUUAUGGAAAGCAACAGGAGUAUCCUUACAAGGCAACAUGAGCAUCGUUCGAAAGCACGGCCUCUUAUUUCAACAGCAGUUAUGAAAGUACCAUUUGAAAACAUUCUAGAGGAUAGCCGUGAGUAGUUGCGGCUCGAUGUAUGGCAAACAACUAAGUGGCCAUAUUUCCUAAUUGGGCAGCCAUGGUGACAGACUUGGUCCAUUGACUAUGAUGCGUCCCUCCUCGCUUCGUUUACAACAAGUAAACCUGUGGCUUUUGUAGACUUGUCAUAGACUCACCAGCUUUAUUUUUAUAGAUGGAGGCGAGGUGGAGAUGGUCGUGUGCUUUUAGAAGGGAUUGACACGGGAUGGCGCAGCUCUAGAUGGUAUACGCUACUCGAUGACGUAUAUAUUUCAACGGCCCAGCGGGCUGAGGACUAUAAAAGCGACU